UCUGAAGGUCAUAAUCUGGGUUCCAUCAUUUGUUCUUGAGCAUUAUGAGUCUUACAUUCCUGUUGGAGGGUAAAUGCCCUAGAUUUUUCUGUUCUUAGAAGCCCGUAAAAUUAUCCUUUCCUGAAGAGUGUGAUCCAUGGAGGCCCCUUAUGGAGUUCCCCAUAAGAUGUCCAUUUCCACAACAUGAGUGCCAGCUGGCUGUGUGCCAUAACCACCUACUGCCCCUAGAGACACAAAUCUCUAGGACAGGAUGAAGCAGGGCCCCGUCUUUGGAAGUUGAGGUGGGGUGGGUUGCAGCUCAUGGAGGAGACUGCCUUAGAAGAUUUUGACAUGUUCCACUGAGUAGUGAUCAUAACGGUCUGUAACUUGUUUUCAAGCUUGGCGUGGGCUGGUGACAGUCCCAGGCUGGCACCCUCAAAGUGACAUCAUAAAUCAGCUACAGAUGUUUAGGAUACGUAAAGUUGUUUUUAUAAGGGGAUAGCGUUCUGUUCUUGACACUAUGAAGUAAUUACUCUGCCAGGUACACUAAGCUUUCUAGAAAUAUCUGAGCCUGACACAGAACUUAUGCUGGUGGAAGUAAUAUUGUACAGAUAAGGAAACAGGCUCCGCUUUAGAGUCACAUUCCUAAAGUUACUAUUUUAAUCAAAAUAAUUGACCCUCAAAAACCAAGUAAAACUUUAUUGAACUUUGUUGGAGUUACUAGGAAGAUGGAGCAUAAACAUGCUUCUUAGGGCAUUUGCAAUUUAAGUGAAUGAGUGUUAAAAAGUAUGCAUUAAAGUGGCAUGACAAGUGCCAAGAGGUUUCAAAAUGAGGCUGCUGCUCACCAAGCUGCCUCUUGAAGACUCAUGAUGCAAUCCAGUGGGAUUUGCUGCAACCGAUGGGCAGGUAGAAGUUGAUUUCAUGCUCACUCUCAAAACAUUGCACAUCAGCAUCCACAUGUUUCUUUGAUCUGUCCCCUUUCAUCUGCCCUGCUUGGGACCACCAAGUUAACUGCUGAAAACAAUCCUGAUUCAAACCCUUCGGUAACAUCCUGCUACCUACAAUCCCGGCUCAGCCUAGUCUUAAGGCCCUGCCACACCUAACAGUCCUAAUUCCCUGUUAUUCACCAAAUAAGACCAGCAACUAUUUUAAGUACUUAAAUAAUUUGCCAGCCCCCAUUCUCAAAUAUUCAACCACUAAGUAGACCUCCCUACUUUACUUUUGGUUAGAAUUUUUCCUGGCCUGUCUGGUUUCAAUGUUCAACAAAUGUUCGGUGAGGGCCUCCUGUAUGCCCUCAAGAUACUGGAAAAAAACACGAGGUCACCAUAGUGAAAAAGAUCAUUUCUGCUCUAGUGGAGCUUUUCUCUGAUGCUGAUACAGGCUAUGAAAAUUAUAGGUAAGUGGCAUUCCUUAGUGGGUACUUAGAGGUCACAGCUACUAUUUUUAAUGAAAAGCUCCAGCCACACAAAGCUGGAAGACCAGAGUUCUUUCCAGACUAGGCAUGGCUGCCUUCCCAUGAGAACUCUGUCCCAUCUCACUGGACUACUUAAUGCCCCUUGAAGGUUCCUGUCCUUCCCUCACAAAUGUACUGUGUUCUGCCCAUGUAAAUCUUGAGAAAAAUUAUGACAUUUUAACAUACCCAUUUGGGGCCUGUGGGAGGAGCUAGGGUUUAUGGGAGGAGUUCCUGCCCUGGUAACUUGGGAACGCUACAGGAGAGCUCUAAGGUGGUAACUGCCCCUCCCUGUAACUUCUUCCCUUCUAUAAAUUGUUCCUCCAUUUUUGUCUCUGUGCACAAAGCUCGCCAUAUUUGCAUACACGGAAUCAUAAUCUUUUUUUCCCUAAAUAUUUUUGAUGACAUAAUACCUAACUUGAUUGUUGACAAUCACAUUCCACCUCAGGAAAACCAGCUACGAUCAUCUAGUUCACUUGAAUGGCAGGUCAGGAUCCUUCUGCCAUUCUCCACAUUCCCUCUGCUUCAGCCACGUGGUUACUGUGCAUUAGCAGUGGGUUUAUGUUUAAGGACCUUUCCUGGCCUAUCAUAGGCCACUUUGUUUACAUUACCAAGCUCAUAAAACAUGAUUCAUGAAUGAAUAAGAAACGUUUUAGAAAGAGUUCAUAAUUUGAAGUAAAAGGGGGGGGCAUAAUUCCAGGCUCCACUUAUUAACUUUGUGAUCUUAAAUCACCCCUAAACCUCCAUUUGGCCAAUAACUACAGGAAGCUGGAAACAGAAUCGGGGCCUACAUCACCGGUUGGUGGAAGAUCAAGUUAGUCAUGCAAGUUUCUUAGUAAACAAUAAAAUCAUUGUAGUGUCCAGAUGAGAACUUCAAACCUCUAAAUUUUUAUAAAAUUUUGAGCCAAACCAAGGAUAUGCCUUGAAGCAAGAUCUCAACAGAUUGAGAAAAAUGCUCAGAAUGACAGUUUGCAGUUUCUUUUACGCAUUUGAAUUGAGGGAAUGGAAGAAAGAUUACAGGUGAGUGGGAGAAAGCAAGGCAGGAUUGGGUUACAGGAUAAUUAAGGUUCUGUGCUCUCAGUGGUUUCGCUUAAGGGGGUCUGAAACCAGAUAUAUCAAAGGUGUGUGAAGCACAGAAUGGACAGUGCUUGCUUUGAGGCAAAGGUAAACCUUUUACUAAAGAAGUUAUGUGCCUGGGGCAUGACUACUGACCAGGACCGGCUCAGUAAUUUAUGAGCAGAGCACUGUGAGGUGACUCUAUAGAACUCCUUUUUUGUCCAUAGUAGCAAAUACUUGUUAAUUGAUUUUUGUGUCCUAGCUUCACCAGCCUGGUUUCCAGGCGCCCAAACCUAGGUAGCCAACUAGUCUUUGGCUACAUUAAUGGUGCAGUGUAAAAGCUGGGAUUACCUCCAAAACAUCAUCUCCCGUGUCUCACUACAAGGGAAAAAGCACAGCUUGAAAACAAAAGCCCCAGGCCGGUGCUGGAUCACUUCUCUAGCCCAGCACCUCACGCCAGCCGGAGGAUCUGCACGUGAAGGUCUCCUCUGCGGCCGAGAGACCAAGGCCGCCGGACCGCCCCGGCGUGCUGCGCAACGCGCACGUGACCCCGCCCCCUGCCAUUGGCCGGGCGGGCGGGAGAGCGGGGAGGCCUACCGGCGCGAUCCAGCUGGGGCGGUCCGGUCCUGACUGUGUGCUGCCUGCGGAGCGGCUGCGAGUAAGAAGAGGGCUGGUGCCCCUGAGAACCGCAGCCCUGAAGGAAAUUGGGAUUGGGGAUUCCUGGGGGGAGCUCCAUCCUUCCUUGAGCCAGUGGAGUCGCAGCAAAUGAGCUCCGAGGUUUUUAGAUACUGGUCCUGGCUCCACCCCAAAUCUCAGAGCUCUGGCAAGCCUCUGCCUCUUUCCAGGCCUCUGCUCCUCACGCAUUCCCCCUGGCCUCAGGCCAUCAGUGGUCCGAGGCCUCACUCUUCUGGUCUGCCACAGGAUGGGACUCUCCGUCACAGCCCAGCUGUGGGGCUCCCCGGGGCCGCUCCUAACCAUUGCCCUGUACCUGGCUCUCACCCUGCACCUCUCUAAAGCCGUGGCACCCCCACACCGGGACUACUGCGUCCUGGGUGCCGGGCCCGCAGGCCUGCAAAUGGCCUACUUCCUGCAGAGGGCAGGAAGGGACUACACGGUAUUCGAACGAGCCGCGUGUCCAGGCAGCUUCUUCACACGCUACCCCCGGCACCGCAAGCUCAUAAGCAUCAACAAGCGGUAUACCGGCAGGGCCAACUCCGAGUUCAACCUCCGCCACGACUGGAACUCUCUGCUCAGCCACGACCCUCGGCUGCUCUUCAGACACUACUCCCACGCCUACUUCCCGGAUGCCGGCGACAUGGUACGCUACCUAGGCGACUUCGCAGACAGGCUGGGGCUCCACGUGCUGUACAACACAACCAUCACCCACGUCACUCUGGACAAGGAUCGGCAGGCCUGGAAUGGCCAUUACUUCAUCCUGACCGACCAGAAGGGCCAGGCAUACCAGUGCAGCGUCCUUCUUGUCGCCACUGGUCUGUCAGUCCCCAACCUGGUUGACUUCCCUGGCUCCGAAUACGUGGAGGGUUAUGAGUCUGUGUCCGUGGACCCCAAGGACUUUGUGGGUCAGAAUGUGCUGAUCCUGGGCCGUGGGAACUCGGCCUUUGAGACGGCAGAGAACAUCUUAGGUGUCACCAACUUUAUCCACAUGCUGAGCCGCUCCCGGGUCCGGCUCUCCUGGGCCACCCACUACGUAGGAGACCUCAGGGCUAUCAACAAUGGCCUGCUGGACACCUACCAGCUGAAGUCCCUGGACGGGUUGCUCGAGUCCGACCUGACAGAUCUGGCUGUCGUGAAGGACCGCGAGGGCAAGUUCCACAUCACCCUAAAGUUCUACUUGGAAGAAGGCAACCAGAGUGCCGACGCCAUCACCCUCCCCCAGGACGACAGUGACAACUUUGCCAUGCGCGUGGCCUACGACCAGGUCAUCCGCUGCCUGGGCUGGAAUUUUGACUUCUCCAUUUUCAACAAGUCCCUCAGACUCUCUUCAGGGGGUGAGUUCAGCAAGAAGUACCCGCUGGUCAGAGCGAGCUAUGAAUCCAAGGGAAGCCGGGGUCUCUUUGUACUGGGUACCGCCAGCCACUCUGUGGAUUACCGGAAGUCUGCCGGGGGCUUCAUCCAUGGAUUCCGAUACACAGUGCGUGCUGUUCACCGGCUGCUGGAACACCGCCACCAUGGCGUCGCCUGGCCCUCCACCGAGCACCCCAUCACACAGCUGACCAGCUCCAUCCUCCGGCGUGUGAACGAGGCUUCCGGGCUCUACCAGAUGUUCAGUGUGUUGGCUGACGUCGUCCUGUUGAAGGAGAAUGCCACAGCAUUCGAGUACCUGGAGGAGUUCCCCAUGCAGGUGCUGGCCCAGCUGGAGACGAUCACAGGAAGGCAGGCCAGGCAUGGGCUGUUCGUCAUCAACAUGGAGUAUGGCAGAAAUUUCUCCGGACCCGACAAGGACGUCUUCUUCUAUGACCGGUCUGUAGGGCACACGGAAGACGCCUGGCAGUCUAACUUCCUCCACCCUGUCAUCUACUACUACAGGCACCUGCCCACCGAGCAGGAUGUGAGGUUCCGCCCUGCAGACUGGCCCCUGCCUCGACCCACGGCCAUCCACCACAUCGUGGAAGAUUUCUUGACAGACUGGACCGCCCCAGUGGGCCACAUUCUACCUCUGAGGCGCUUCCUGGAGAACUGUUUGGACACCGAUUUGCGAAGCUUCUAUGCAGAGUCCUGUUUCCUGUUCGCCCUAACGCGCCAGAAGCUGCCGCCCUUUUGCCAGCAGGGGUACCUGAGAACACAGGGGCUGGUGGGAACCAAGAGCCUGCGGCAGCACAGAGUGGAGAGUGGGGCUCUGCAGGACCAUGCCGCUGCAGGCAGGCGCAGGGAGGACAGCGGCCGGUGGCCUGGCUCCCAUAGGCCCGUAGGUCACCCCCAGACUCCAGGGCCUCUGGUCCAGCCCCUCAACAGCAACAAGGAGGAGCUGUGAUGGCCAGGCCUCUCCCACCCAGGCCCAUGUCAGCCCUCCUCUUCUCCAAGCCCCAGGCUCCCACUGCCGAAGACCACUCAGGUCUUUGCAGUGACCACACCAAAGCCACACACAGGUCACGUAAGGGCUGAAGGGCUGCCAUGCUGUGGUCUCCCCUCCUGUUCGAUCCACAGGUGCCCGGGAGGCAGGGUCCAGAGAAGGGCAACCUCUGCCAGGUGGGAGCCGCCUUCCACGGCCAGGCAUAUCUGCAAAUGAACUGUCGCUGAGCACCAGGCUGGCCUCAGUUCAGUCUCCAUCAAAUGACCAGCGGUUCCUUUUCCUUCUGGUCUACUCAUGGGCCCAAAUCGUGCCGAUCCUCACCUUCAUAAGGGUUUGUUGCAGGCUCUUUAAAACAAAAGCUCUAAUAUCCUCAAUCGUAUAGGGCAGGUAGGACUAUUACCCCAAUGAAAAAGACACUAGCACAGAGAGGUGAGGUGACUCCCAGGGUCCCAGCCAGGAGUCCCUGCCUGGGUAGCUCUAAAGCCUAUUCCACCGAGGCACUGCCUCGCCCUGCCCCCUUCUCUCUUUUCAGAAAGGGGGUUGGGGGGCUGGGUUGAUCCGUAUAGGCCCAGGGGCUGUCAUCUGGCAGAGACAGCCAUCUUAUCUAAGCAGCUUUCUCCCUGAGCAGCAGAGCUCUGAACUCCUUUGUCCCCAAGACUGCACUCCCUGACUUAUCUUCAAUCCCUGUGCUCUCUCUCUCAUCCUGCCCUCUGGCGUCCUGAACAACAAACAAUCAAGUUUUGUAGAGCUGUCACCAUGCUGUCUUUCAGCGGGGACUUUCUGAGGUGAGUCACCCUGCUGUUUGAACUGAGCCCUGCUCAGCUUGUGCAGAGACAUUUUAUAAAUGCGUUUGUACCGAUAACGCUGGUGAAUUCAGUUUCCGGACCCCUUAGCUGUUCCGGCUUUGUUGUCCGUCCUUCCUCAUCAGGAAUGUGCUCCCUGCUUUUCUCUCCCGCCGUCCUGUUUAUGAGUGAGCCAUGGGAAAGCAUUUGUACAUAAGAUAAUCAUGGUGGUUGUUCAAGGCCCGGAUCAUGGGUGAUUGCCUCCUCACUGGUUCUUACUAGCCCUUCAUGUAGCCACUCAGAAUUCAAGGGCCUCCGGCUUUCUGGCUCCACAGCCCUUUUCUGGGAACAUUCUCUUGGCAGGUCCAAAUUCCCUUCCACACCUGGCCAGGCUGCCUCUCCCUCUAGUCAUCUGUGGAGUUAGAACAAUGAAACUCCAGCCGCCUUAGCCUGUGGGCAGGAGCUGUUUACCCCAUGACAAUACUUGGCAUAGUUUGCAUUGCAGCCGAGACUUCUAAAUUAAUCUCUCCCUAGUCCAAGGGUGUGUGUUCAUCUUUCUCAUACAGAUUAUAGACAGGUAAACCAAAAUUGGGUCCUUCAGCCCAUCCUUCCAUUUCCAAAACCUUUUAAUUAGGACUGUAUCCAUGCUAUCAAAUCCUGUUACACACAUCUCGCCUCUCCAAUCACUGAAGGUUGGUUGAGCCCCUUGUUCCAAUAGAAGCUCAAGGUGCUGUAACAAAUGGUUCACUGAUGCCUGAAUAUGACGUCUGCUGCUUUUCCCCUCACCUGCCAAAUCGUCAAUUCCAUCACAAUAUCAGCCAGCCUUAUUUGUGUUUAAUAGGUCAUGCUUCCAUUCUUGCUCAGAGGAUUAGAGAUGUCUGAGCAGUGUCCCUGGUAUUCUUGUAAUAGUUGGCUUCAAACAAAUACUUUUUUCCUAUAACGACCAUUCCUGCAUUUGCUGGAAGUCCUGUCUAGAUCUUCCAUCUGAGCAGAUCUCAUUGUUUGCAGCUAGACCAAGUUCCUCUUCUAACCAAGGCCUGCCUUCAUUCAUUCCUUCAUUUUUUAAUAUUACAAAGUUGCUGGUGCAAAAUAGACAAACUGGUGAAAGAUGAGGCCAGAAAUAGACCCUAGUUGGGGGUGAUUUUGAAAAGAAAUCACAAACCAGUGGAAAAGAUUGUGCAGGACCAUGCAAUAAAAUAUAGAAAAGAAAAUAAAUCUCAGUUUAGACUAUUUCAUACUAUAUUUCAAAACUAAUUCCAGAUGAAUUUUUAAAAGCCAUAUAGAAACUGGAGAAGAAUGGGGGAUACUAUAAUAAACGAAAGGCCUUUCUAAGCUUAGAAGCAACAGAGUAAUUCCCCAGAGGAAAAGGUGUAACAUUUCCAGAUACACCCACCUAGCCUGCACCUAAUUAAUAUGACCAUUUUAAAGAAAAUGGUAAAAAUUAAAAGGCAAUACACUUGAUUAUACAAAUAAUAAACAUAUAAA